AGAAGUUACAAUGAAGAUCUUUGCGCUAUUUCUCUCAAUUGCAUUAUACUUUCUUCCCUUAGCCUUAACAUUAUCAUCAUCAUCUUUUUCUUCAAAUCAUCUACUUCUUCCAUCUCAACUUUCGAGUAGUAACGCAACAAUACUUGACACUGAUAAGAAUCCAAUCAAAGUAGGUGUCAAAUACUAUGUUUUAUCAGCUAAAAGAGGCAAACGAGGUGGUCUUACUUUGUCUAAAGUUGUUAGUAGAGUUGUUUGUACACAAGACAUUAUCCAAGAAACAAAUGAACUUAACAAUGGCCUUGCUGUGGAAUUCUUUCCUGCAUAUCCAAAUAAAACUGGUGAACUCAUUCUUAGUAACAACCCCAUAAAUGUCAAGUUCCAUUUUUCUAGUAAUGAGAUAUCACCUAAUUGUACCAAUUUUACUGUGUGGAAGUUGGAUGAAAAGUAUAGAUAUGUUGUUGGUCGAGGAAUCCUAGGGGAUUUAAAGAAUAUAGAGAACUGGUUUAGGAUUUUUCCACGUCGAUAUGGCAACGGGUAUAUAUUAUAACUUCGAUUGGUGAUUUGUUUUUCUUACCUCUUUUUUUUUUCUCUCUCUAAAUACUCUGUUAAAAAACUGACCUCUUUCAGUUUUUACUCUUAAAGGACAUCUUGAGUACA